ACAGAUUAAGCGAAGUCGCGGACCGCUACGGAUCGUCGCAAAAGUUGCUCUCCACGCGUACCGAUAGCGUCAGCUGGAGGGUUCGCGUACGCGCUCGCGCAAGUUGUUUUUUUUUUCUCGGGCUUUUCGAAAGCGUGUAGUUUUACUUUCAAAUAUUUGUGUCCCACGAAUAAAUUGAUCAAGUGAUAGAGAAAUCAGUGUCGAAAUGUUCGACUGGUGAAUAUGAUCCUGAGUUGAGUGCAAAGUCAUCCAAUCCAGUCAAGUGAAUGGAUUCAAUUACGUGAAGAGUUCGCGAAAUAGUGGAAGAAUAAGUGGGAUUAAGAAAUGAUGAAGAGUGCCGAGCGGAGUGACGUGAGUGGUGCGCUGUUCAGUAACCAGAUGGCGAUCGAUGGUGAUCGGUAUCAUCAACAGCACCUUCGUUUCCAGAGCCAAAGGCAGCAGCAGGUGGGGCUGUUGGCAGAAGGAAUCGAUGAUGUCAGCGAAAAAGGCCAGCGGUCUUUUCAGAACCUACCGCCCCAGGAGGAAAGUGUAGUUAUGCGAAAUAAAGUGAUUGAUUUGGACAAGAAUCGUAUAAAGUGUGGCCGCAGUAAGUUGUGGUCAAGGCCGUUGAGUUUCUCUGGCUUUUUCAAAAAGUCUCUCAGUCAGGGUACGAUUCAAACGAAUGUUGGAAGGAAUGGGGCUCGGCAUAGCACGAAUUAUGCCGUCAAUCAUGAUCUAAAUGGUAAAGAACCGGUAACGAAGAGUGUUGGGACCAAACUUGAUCUUAACAUGAUUCGGAAGCUGGAGGACGAAAUUUACAAACGUGGUUGUCAGAGCGAUGAGCGCAAUGCGGAAGCAAAAGAGUUCCACAAUUUUUAUUUUGGGCAGAGAGGCGAGAAGAAAGUUUUCUCAAGUGACACAUCCGCCUAUAAAGGAGACAACAAAGCAGUGCUGCUAGUUGACUCCGAAUCACUGGAACCGAUCUUGUUAAAGAGGCCUCUCAGCACGGAUGACUCACUGCUGAGGAAUGGCUCUCAAAAGUCCAAUUGUAACCUGGAUCCGUCCAACAAAUCGAUCAUCAUCGUCGACAACUCCGAGUUUUAUCCGGUACUAAUGAGAUACGACAUCAAUAACGAAGUUGUAAAUCGCAAAUUCAGCGAGCAUGCUCGAAAGCGUAACGAGGAAAAACUAAAAAUAACCCAAAUUGGGAUCUCUCCACUAAAGACUGUCACAACGAGCAGUGAAAACGCAUCAUUAACUAGCGGCAGUAAUAACAAAAAUAUUCGCCCUGCUGCCAAGAUCCCGUCGUCGAGUUCAUCCCAUCUACCCACUACUGCUGGCGGCUCUCAAAACUCGUCGUCGUCGUUAGAACUGACGAAAACGACCCGAGACGAAUCGAUCGCGUGUUGUGAAACGCCCAGCAUAAACAACAACAACAAUCACGCUGCUCAGCAGCCGAAGAAACUAGUCGUUAGCGCACGACCGCUACCUCCUGCCGGGUCUGGGAGUGGCGAUCGCGCCAAGAAGACCCGAUCCAACCUCUUCCAACGCUUCCUGCUGCAGCGCCGAAGCUUGAAUCUCUCGGUCAGACGACGGCGUCGUCACGAGUGCUACUUCCGGCCACCUCCUCCUGAAGAAACCUCGCCGUCCCACUUUAACAAUAAAUCAGCCGCUCAUCAUAAAUUCAAAUUCGAAUAUCUCAAAAGGCUGCAACGACACUGCCCACCGGAAACCACUCAACUCUGCCCGAUCAACUCCGAGCACCGAACUCACAGCGAACCCGAUCUCUCCAUUCGCGAAAACUGGAAAACUGACCGCUUUCUGCAGCAACACAACAACAGCUGGAGCACCGGUGACCUAUAUUCCCUAACCAACCUGAUGUCAUCGUGCAAAACCGUCCAGAGCAUCUUCGAGAGUGCUAGCACAGAUCUGUCCCGUCUAUCGGCUAUCGUAGUCUCCAGCAGCAGCAGUAACACCCCAACUCCCACCUCCUUCAGCUCUCUUGCCUCAUCGUCCUCUCGCUCAUCCAGCGGUGGCGGCAGCUCCCGAAUGCAAUCCAUACUGGCCAACCAUUAUCACUUCCUGCAAAAUCGGGAACGAACCGGCAAUAAAGGUUUCUCGGUCGUUACGAAACCACCCCUGAACACUGCCGCCGGAAGCUCCGUCAGUUCUGUUUCCGGUCAACAGACGCCACUCCUGCCCACUGCCACCCGGAACUUCCUCCGCAAAAAGUCCAGCUCAUUUCGAGGGGUGCUGAAGAGGAGCAAUCCCACUACCGAUGUCGUCAACACCUGGAUCUAUCGAAAGAGUUACGAUGGCUCCGGCAGCAGUUUAGGUGAGCCCCCGUAUCGGGGGCAUUUCGGCAGCCCUCAUUCGUCCCCCUCGCGCUAUUCGUACAAUAACAACAGCAACAGUAACAGCACUGCCAAAACUAGCAUCCAGCACUGGCGAACAUCCAGUGCGGGGGCGUCGGACUUUAAGCGGAACUCCCGGCUGCGCAGCUCGACCAGUGCCGUCCCGGGCGGAGGCUGCGGAGUAGGAGGAGGAGGAGGAGGUUAUCGCUCCGGUGGCAGUGGAAGCGGUUCCAGUAGCACCAGCAGCAGCACCGGAUCCAACAUGGUCGACCUGAACAUCCCGAGGGGCCACUCGCCACACUUCAGCCCAUCGCGGCAGACAACUCAAACGGGCGACACACAGACACUGCAUGUCCACUUGCCCAACCAUGGCUUCCGGAUGAUACGAUUCGACGAGGCGUCCGAUGUGCGGCAGAUCAUUAAUCUGAUCGUGGGCUCGAUGUCACCGGGCCACAAAACAAAUCCCCAGAGCUACGCACUCCGGCUCAGGCACAUGCUCACCAAAGAAGUCCUCUGGAUGCCACCGGACACUUCGAUGUCGCAGGUGAUGGCCCACAUUUUCAACCCGUCCUGUAGCAAUGCGGACUGCCCGAAUGUGGACAAAAGUACGAUUGCCAAAAGGAUGCAGCAAAAAACCAGUGGAGUCGUGGGCCACGCCAACAGUGUCUGGAAAGCGGAGUUGCGAGUACGCUACAUACCAAAAAGUCUCAAAGAGCUGUACGAGCGAGAUCGUACGACCUGUCACUUUUACUUUGACCAAGUCAAACAGGAUUACAUCCAGUCCAACAUCCCAAAUAUCGAUCAGGAAAUCGCUAUCCAGCUGUGCUGUUUGGGAAUCCGACACUACUAUAAAGAUACGAAUCAAACCUCGAACGAUCGGAAGCACCAUCUGGAGUAUAUCGAGAAAGAGAUGGGAUUCAGUAACUUUAUACCUAAAUCUGUGAUAGAAACCAUUAAGCAGAAGAAUCUGAAGAAACUAAUCCAAGCGGGAUACAAAAAGGUGUACGGCUACUCUGAGAUGGAUUACAUGCUCAAGUUCUUCGAUUUGCUUAGGACUCAGUACACUUUCGACCAGGAGCAGUUCAACGUACAGCUCAGUAGCGGUUGGAACAUUCGAGUCGAUUUGAUCAUCGGUCCACAUGUCGGCAUUUCGUAUUCGGUCAAUCCACAAGCGCCACCCACAAAGGUCACCGAGUUUGAGAGUAUCGAGCGAAUAUCGACCAGUGUCGUUUCGUCCUCGUUGACCAAGAGCGACCAUCAACCCAGCAAACUAGGCUCCAAAAAUUCCAAAGACCAACCCGAUCUCACCAGUUCCUGCGGCAGUAGUGACAAGAAGGACAAAAAGACAGUUCCCUGCUCCUGCAGUGACAUCAAGACUCAACUAAGGAUCAAGGUCAGUGGCAAUAGCGAAGACCUGGCGAUCACAUGUGAUGGUAUUAAGACUUCCGAAAGUAUAGCCGAUCUAGUCGAUGGUUACUGUAGAUUAUUUAGCGAUAGCGAUUUAAGCUUAUGGGAUCGAAGCGUUACACCAAAAAUUACCCCCAACACCAGCACUACCAAUUCGCUGGAGAAGAGUCAGCAUCGGAAGAUGACCGAUUCCCAGUCGUCGGAGAAGCACGAUCUAACGCGUUCCUCGAACGAUAAGCUGAACAACUCGGUGCUCAAUGAGCUGGAAGCUAGCACCAGCUCGAACGCGAAACCCACUCUCAAUGAAGACUACGCUGAGUUGGGCAUGUGUGACGAUGAGGGCGACUAUUCUACCCCCGCUGCUCGAAACUACGAACUGAACCGGAAUCAGAUCACCCUGAACGAAAUCAUCGGCGUCGGUCAGUUCGGUGAUGUCCAUAUCGGUUCCUGUCGGCUGUCGAGCAAGUCCACGUUGGUGAACAAGCUCAACCAAUCGCUCACCAGCGAGUUCGAUGACCUUUCGUUGUCGGGUGAUAACAACAAUGGCGGCGAUCAACAGCAACAGCAGAAAAGCGGUGUCAUCCAGGUGGCUGUGAAGACUUGCAAAGCCGAUGCCGAUUUGGCCACGUCCGAGAAGUUCCUGGAGGAAGCAUAUAUUAUGCAAAAGUUCGAGCAUCCACACAUCAUCAAGCUCAUCGGCAUCUGCAGCGGUCCCCCGAUUUGGAUCGUCAUGGAACUCGCCCGGCUGGGUGAACUGCGCGCCUACCUCAAAAAGAACGGUCCCAAGUUGAAACUUGGGACUCUGCUUCUGUACUCCUAUCAACUAUCGACGGCGCUCAGUUAUCUGGAGUCGAAAAAAUUCGUCCACCGGGAUAUUGCGGCCCGAAACGUACUCGUCAGUUCACCAACUUGUAUCAAGCUUGCCGAUUUUGGUCUCUCAAGAUGGGUUGAAGAUCAAUCGUACUACACCUCCACCAAAGGGAUGCUGCCGAUCAAGUGGAUGGCACCGGAAUCGAUCAAUUUCCGCCGUUUCACGACUGCCAGUGACGUUUGGAUGUUUGGAGUCUGCACCUGGGAGAUUUUGAUGCUCGGUGUGAAGCCAUUCCAAGGAAUAAAAAAUUGUGAUGUGAUCGGAAAACUGGAAAACGGAGAACGACUCCCGCUGCCGGUUAACUGUCCCCCACGGCUGUAUUCCCUAAUGUCCCAGUGCUGGUCAUACGAACCGCACAAACGACCCAACUUCAAAAAUGUUAAGGAGGUGCUAUAUGAAAUUCUGAUGGAAGAACGCCACAGCGAUUGCGAAACGAUGCGUCGUGAGAAUCGUCGAGUUGCGGCUAUGUCCUGGGGAGCUGGUGACGAUGUAGCUCCACCAAAACCGGCCCGCGGUCCAAUGAUGGGAGCUGGCGAUGGGUCUCAGCAGGCUCUCGGGGCCCCGCAAACCUACAUCAUAGCGCGGGAUCCAACGGUGCUGGCCGCCCUGAUGCGCGAGAACGAACAGCGAGGCGUGAACGCUUCAUCUUACACCACACCUGCUUCGGUAUUUAAUAGCGUAGCCGUAGAUUUAGAUCCAAUUGCACAAAAUAAUACUGAUAACGUCGCGAUCGUAAACGAACCCGCUAGCACCGCCGAAAAUAUGCCAUUGAAAACAAUCCCUCUAGCAGCAAACGAUCUACUCAAACUCGAUCCCACUAUAGACGAGGCAAAUAACGAAACCAAAACCGCUACAGACCCUUCAUCCUCUUUGGAAAUUGAUAAUCAAAAUUCUAUCGUAGCUUCGCCAUCAACUAGCACCCUGGUACCUUCGGCCGAAAUGGAUCAAGUCCCUAGUGCCGACCAACCGUUGGGUAUCGAUUCUUUGGAACGCUACAAAAAUCCUAACGAACCGCUUUCUACCAAUAACAACCCACUCCAAUCCGGUCCCCUCGCUUCCCAGCCCAAUCCGAACCAAUCCUUCCCGACACCUUGCGAAAUUAUCAACGCACUCACGCAGCAAACCCAUUCCAUCGAACCAACCUACAAAGCGCUCCAAAAAGGUCAACUCGCUGCCGCCGGAACAAUGUCCAUGGGAAUGCCUGCCUUGGCCGCGGGUGUUCCCGUUCCCUUGAAUAACAAUAAUUUCAUGCAUUCCAAUGAUCCCCAACAGCAGCAGCAACUACAACAGCAGCAGCAACAACAAUUUUAUGGAGUAGCCGCGGCCGCAGCUAUGCAGCCAGCUAUUCAGGGUAAUCUGGUAAUGUACCAGCAAUACCAUCAGCAGCAGCAGCAGCAACAACAGCAACAGCAGGCUCUUCAGGAGCAAUAUUUCCAACAGCAGGUCCCAUAUCAGCAAACGAUCUUCCACCAGCAGCAGCAGCAGCAGCUUCAGCAGCAACAACAACAGUACAUGGCUUAUCCAGGUCAAUACCUUCCAUCGGCAGCUAUGAUCAAAUCCCCACAGGAAGAGAUGGGAUCCAACCAACAACUACACCAACAACAGCAGCAACAACAAUCUUCCUCGAGCAAAUCCCGCAGCUUGGAACGCAACGUUGGUCAAAAUUUGGUAUCCGCCUAUGCUGCCCGGAUCAACUCCUUGGAGCGGACUCGACAGAUGAGCAUGGAAUACGGGACGGCGAAGGCCAUGAGAUCUAACUCACUAACGAGACAAUACAGUGGAGGAAGCCAGAUGGAAUCCGCUUACCCAACGGGUCAUGGCGUUAGAUCUGCCAGCUUGGAACGUGGUGGUCAGAUGGGACAAAACUACGGAAGUCGGAUGGGAAGUUUGGAGCGGAAUCAAAAUCAAUCCAUGUUUAUCAAUAGCAUGAAGGGUGGCAGUUUGGAGAGGAAUCAAUCCGCCGCAAUCGUGAGUGAUAUGAUGGGUAACAAGGCCGGAUUCAAAGGUGGCAGUUUGGAGCGGAACCAGCAUAUGAUGAUGAACUCCGGAAGCCGUGCCGGAAGUUUGGAGAGGAAUAUGUCCUAUCAGAAUUAUCGUAGUCCAGUUUCAGCUGCUCCGAAAGAACAGGAACCGUUCCAAGAAGAGAUCUACGACUUUGGAGGGGUUAAUGUCAAGUCCUGUGCAUCCAUUGCUCUAAAGAAAAGUGUUGAAAAGGGAAUUUUACCCCCAAGCACCCUGAUGUCUCCGGGAGGUGGCCAGCCGGCUGCCAACUUCUCUCUUCCUCCGCCGUAUAGCUCAGCUCAAAGUUCUAAUAAGUUCAACAACCAACAACAGCAACAGAACACUCCACAACGUUCCAUGUGGCAACAGCACCAAAUGUACCAACAACAGCAACCUCCACCACCGUAUUCGGCCAUUGCUUCCGGGGUUCCUCAGAACAUUAAUCCUCAGCAGCCGGGUAUGCCCAUGAUGGGUAUUGCUUCGUCCCAGCAGGUACAAAUACCUCAUCAACCAGCCGGAACAGCUCUGAAGAUCGGUAUCGCUCAGGCAAUGGUUCCUCAGCAGCCGCUAAAUCAAGCACAGGUUCAGCAUCAGCAACAGCAAGCUUCGGGAAUUGCAGUUGGUUCAGGAUCAAAUCCCCAGCAGCAGGUCCCAGAAAUGCAACAAAUGCUCGAAGCCAAGCUGCGCAAGCAACAGCAGGAAAGCGAAAACGAUUCCAAGUGGUUACAGCAGGAGGAAAGCAUUUUCCACAAGCGACUGAGCCUGAUCACGUCCGCUGCUGGCAGCGCAUCGUUCGAUCAGCCCCCUGCAGAAGUCAACAACGGCGGUGCUGCUGCGACAACAACCGUUUCCGGCAAUGGUUCCGGAUCCGGAGGGGCAGGAGGGGGUGGAAGUGGAUCUUUGUCUGGAAGCUACCACUCCCAGCAGAGUCCACACUUUUCCCCGCAAAAUACAAUGUCCGGUCCGCAGAGUCUUGGCGAUCACUAUCCUACGACUCCAAAUGCUUCGGAUUCGAGACCGCACACCCCAGGUUCUACAUCUGGUAUGAUAAAAUCCAAAAGCUCGUCCAUGGAACGUUGUACAACCCCGUUGUCCGGGGAUGAAAAGCUUCUCAUGAAAAAGAUGGAGCCAACCCGGACAAUGCCCCUGGAUCGUAACGGGGACAUUGUCUAUCAGGCGACAACGAGUGUGGUCAAAUCGAUCAUGGCACUUAGUCAGGGGGUGGACAAAUCUUUGGCCGAAAGUUAUCUGGAUCUGGUUCGGAACGUGGGCAUAGAGCUGAGAACGCUCCUUGGAGCGGUGGACCAUAUUUCAACUUCCUUUCCAGCACAGUGUCAUAAGGAAGUCGAGAUGGCACACAAAGUAUUAUCCAAAGAUAUGUUCGAUUUGGUAGCGGCUAUGCGGUUAGCACAACAGUAUAGCGAAACAACGCUCGAUGCUGAAUAUAGAAAGAGUAUGUUAUCAGCAGCACAUGUACUCGCAAUGGAUGCCAAAAACCUGCUAGACGUCGUCGACUCGAUUCGGAUCCGAUUUCCUAACCUAGGUGGUCUCUCCAAACAGCCCAGCCUUCCAACUAGUCCAAUCCAAAAGCAACCGGCUACAACAAUGGUCACCAGCUCAAGUGCAUUCGAUCCAUCCUCAUCGUCGGUUAUCAUCAGCAGUAGUCACAAUUCCAACGUUAGCAACGUUGUUCCGUCCAACUUUCAUCAGUCACCCCUUCAGUUCGAUCUGCAAUCUACACCGGGCGAUUGCUACCAAAACCUACAACCAAAGCAAAUCUUCCAAUCGCACAGCUCACCUCCAAGCUCACUGACGCAUUCCUCCUAUGAUGCCGGAAGCAGCAAUGGAGGCCAGCAGGCGUCAUCGCAACUCUACACCAACCAGCAGCAAAGUGGCAUCUACGACAAUGACUGUGUCAUAGGCCAGCAGCAACAGCUUCACGGACUUGGCCCCGACGGCAAACCUCGGAAGCCAAUCAUCGCAGCAAAACCUCCCCCAGCAGCCCUAGCACCCCAUAAACUCAAACCAUUCGGAGGGGGAUCCCGGGAUCCUGGCCCGGACGAGCUGCUCAAUGAACCGCUCAAAAUUGUAGAGGAUCCCACGGAACUCUUGUACUCUAAUGCCACACCUACGGCCAAAAACGGCGGAAUGGUGCUGAGUGCUAGUUGCAGCAAUGGCAACAUUGGCCCGAUGUCCAGCAGCAGUAGCUCGGGUGCUAUCAAACUGCCGGAACCCGUGUCCUGUACUAUUGUCCAGGAAAAUCUACUAGCCACCAACAAUCAGAAGAUCAUGGCCAAUAAGCUAGGCUAAAAGGAGUUUGUUUUUUCUCUAUCUAUGUAUGAUACACACACACAAUUCUACUACUAUACCAAUCUAUUACACAACUAACUAUUGCUGUACUCAGAAAAUAGCCUGCAAACACUAUUAUGCAAGAUAAGUUACUUUCUAGUGACAAAGACAUUCAAUGGUAUUGAAUAGGUAUUUCAGGAGAACUUGCGUAACCAAUUUUAAAGAAUACCACGCUGUAUUUUACCCCAAUCAUUCAAACUUUCAGACCUGUAAUGUUUUAAUGUUAGAGAAAAGUUACGGCUAAUUUGGAUCUGUAAUUGAGAUAGCCAGGUACACUGAAGCCUGCGAACAUAUGUAUUAACUAUUAUAAUAUUGAAAAGAAAGUAUCUGGCAUUAUUGUAAAUACAACAGAAAGUAUCGUUGGACAAAUAUACGAUAGUCAUGAAAUCAAACACGAGUAAAAGUUUCAAUUGAGGCGCUACUGCUUCGAGCCCUCCCGAUUCCCGAUUUUUUUCCUCGAAUGUUGAUGCUGAGUAAAGUUUUAGCAUUGAAAUUCCGAAGCAUUCAUAAACUGAACAUUUACAAUAAAAUACUGAAAUUUUCAACAGCAUUUUUGAUUGCUUCGUCAUACUCUUCAAAGGCAAACUGGAAACCAAUUCAAUGAAAUUCAACUGAAUGAUGCUCGAAUUAUCUCGAAAAAAAAAUUACAAUGUUUCCAAUUAUUAAAAAAGAAUUAAAAAAAGCGUUCGUCCAAAAAGUCUGCUGUGUAUUUGUUCGAUGAAACGUGUUCUAUUCGUCUCCAACAAUAUCAACUUGGCGGGACGUUUUAUUUCCAUUUUUGAACGCUUUUACUCCAGCUUUAGAUGUCCAGUUUCCUAGUACGUAGCUGCAUUUUAGACAGCUCAAGUAACUCUGCAGAUAGCAUUAUGAAAACUUGUAAGUAUACUUUUUUUUUACUUAUUGUUUCGACUGUUCAACUAUUAUAAUAACAAUCUACACCAAAAUAAACUAACCAUUUUUCACAGAAUAACUUAUUUUUCAACCAAUAGCACUGUAAAUAACUGAACAGAAACCAGAACAAUCAUUUUUAUUAAUAAAAACUUCUUUUUCUACAAUUUCAACAAACUGCUUCUUAUCGAUAUACAAGAAAAAUAUUGAAAAAUUUGAAUGCAAGCAGUUACUAACUAUUUGUAAAAAAAAACUUACUAACAAUGGAAACAAAUCGAAUAAUCUAUCAAAACAAAAGCAUGCAAACAAGUAGAUUUUGCAAAUAAAUCAAGCUAUUCCAAAGAAUUUUAUCCAAACUAAAACUCAUUAGUAAUGGUGGGAGUGACUUUUAAUACCAAUACACAAUGUGCUUAGAAACAUAAUAGCUUCCAUAGGCAUCGCCAGCAGCAUUAGCAAAAAGGAGCAAACUUUUGAAACUCUGAAGUCAUUUCUGAUAACGCUUUAUGGUUUUCGAAUAUUUAUUGAACCUACCUAGAGUUUCAUUUUUGCGUAUUUAUGUAUAACCGCCAAACAAUUGCUACCGACGAUUGUAUGCCUGCUACUAAAAAAACAAUUUAAAAACUUGAACAAUAAAUAUCAAAGCAUGUGAAUGAAAGAAUAA